AUGAUUUCUUUUAAGGUAGUUUCUCAGUUUUGCGUGAUUAUAGGAAGCUAUUCUGGAAUAUCUUUUGCCUUUCUACCCAAGGUGGUUCAGAACCGUAGUAUUCUCUUCAUCGGAAACUCUCCUGUCCGAAGCAACAUGGCUGAUUCACUGCACAAAGCUAUUCACUCGAUGUCUUUAGAGGAGGAGGUUCCGCUGACUCUCCCGAAUGAUCCCCGUUUCAGAGUCUUCGAUGAGAACGCUACAAGUCUACUGGGUUGUCUACUCAAUCCAGACUGUCAAUCAAUGAGUCGCAUGAUUGACUACAUGCCCACUGCAUGGAGGGUCCAUGGCAGAGUUCGGGGUAUUGCGCUAUCCAGGGAACGCUUUCAAUUCAUCUUUCAACGAGAGGAGGACUUGUUGACGGUGCUAAAGGACCGGCCCUGGUCGUACAACCAUUGGGCUAUGGUCAUGGAGAGAUGGACUCUCAACCCUCCGCCUGAUUUUCUCCAAACGAUGCAGCUUUGGACCAGGAUCCGUCAUAUACCUAUAAAUUUCUACACAUCAGAGACGAUGUGGAAACUAGCUGCAGAAGUGGGUCACAUGGAGGAAGUGGCCUACGAUCCAAAAAUCUCUCAGACAAAGGACUAUAUUCGGGCCCUGGUUACUUUCAAUACUGAAAAUCCGGCGAAGGCGUCUAGGAAACUGGACACUGGUGGAGAAAUAGUGACUAUAGAAUUUGAGUAUGAGAAGCUACAUAAAAGAUGCUUUCAUUGUUUGCGCUUACCGCAUGAAAAACUAAGGUGUCCGUUGCUGAGAAAGAAUCAAAACAGAGGACUUGCUAAAACAGGGGAGGGUGGGCCUAGCUUAUCCAUUCAGGUGGCUACACCGAAGGAGGUAUCUGUCAAAACCGGUUAUGCAAGAGGGGCCUCCGGGGUUCCCUCCUCUAUUCCCAGAACUCCCGAUCAAUGA